AUGACAACUGCAACCUCACCUAUUCUGCUAAAAUGGGAUCCCAAAAGCUUGGAAAUACGGACUGUGACAGUAGAACGGUUACUGGAACCCUUGGUCACACAGGUAACUACUCUUGUGAAUACAAGUAGCAAGGGCCCAUCAAGUAAGAAGAAAGGUCGAUCCAAGAAAGCACAUGUAUUGGCUGCUUCUGUAGAACAAGCAACACAGAACUUUUUAGAGAAGGGGGACCAGAUUGCAAAAGAGAGCCAGGAUCUGAAGGAGGAGCUGCUAGUGGCUGUAGAAGAUGUACGCAAACAAGGAGAAUCUAUGAGAAUUGCAUCUGCGGAGUUUGCAGAAGACCCUUGUUCUUCUGUAAAGCGCGGAACUAUGGUUCGGGCAGCCCGUGCUCUGCUUUCUGGAGUAACCCGCCUGUUGAUCUUGGCUGACAUGGCAGAUGUCAUGAGGCUUUUAACUCAUUUAAAAAUUGUAGAGGAAUCUCUGGAUGCUGUGAAGAAUGCCACCAAUGAGCAGGACCUGGCCAGUCGCUUCAAGGAGUUUGGGAAGGAGAUGGUAAAGCUCAAUUAUGUGGCUGCUAGAAGACAGCAGGAGCUUAAAGAUCUUCAUUGCAGGGAUGAAUUGGCAGCUGCUCGAGGUGCUUUGAAGAAGAAUGCUACCAUGCUUUAUACUGCCUCUCAGGCAUUCCUCCGACACCCUGAUGUAGCUGCUACCAGAGUGAAUCGAGAUUAUGUCUUCAAACAAGUACAAGAGGCUAUUGCUGGAAUUUCAAAUGCAGCCCAGUCUACUUCAGUGCCAGAUGACAAACAUGGACCUGUUGGAAUUGGUGAACUAGCUGCAGCUUUGAAUGAAUUUGAUAACAAGAUAAUUUUGGAUCCUAUGCACUUCAGUGAACAGCGCUACAGGCCAUCUCUCGAGGAAAGGCUGGAGAGCAUUAUCAGUGGUGCUGCACUGAUGGCAGACUCUUCUUGUACACGUGAUGACCGGCGGGAAAGAAUUGUGGCAGAGUGUAAUGCUGUGCGACAGGCCCUUCAGGAUCUUCUCACUGAAUACAUGAAUAAUGUAAGAGCGGGCACGUGGAGGCCAGAGAGUUGCAAAACUGGCAGGAAAGAAAAAGGUGAUCCACUCAAUGCUGCCAUUGAAAAAAUGACAAAGAAAACAAGGGAUCUGCGGCGACAGCUUCGCAAGGCUGUCAUGGAUCACAUCUCCGACUCGUUUCUGGAGACCAAUGUCCCUCUCUUGGUUCUCAUUGAGGCAGCAAAGAGCGGCAACGAAAAGGAGGUGAAGGAGUAUGCACAAGUCUUCCGUGAGCAUGCCAACAAACUGGUAGAAGUUGCAAACCUGGCAUGCUCCAUUUCAAAUAAUGAGGAAGGCGUGAAGUUGGUUCGCAUGGCGGCAACACAGAUCGAUAGCCUCUGCCCGCAGGUAAUUAAUGCAGCACUGACCCUGGCUGCUAGGCCACAGAGUAAAGUUGCCCAAGAUAACAUGGAUGUCUUCAAAGACCAAUGGGAGAAGCAAGUACGAGUUCUGACCGAGGCUGUCGAUGACAUCACUUCUGUUGAUGAUUUCCUGGCUGUCUCAGAAAACCACAUAUUGGAGGAUGUGAACAAGUGUGUCAUAGCCCUCCAGGAAGGUGAUGUGGACACACUCGAUAGAACUGCUGGGGCCAUCCGAGGACGGGCAGCGAGGGUUAUCCACAUCAUCAGUGCUGAAAUGGAGAACUACGAGCCUGGAGUGUACACCGAAAAAGUAAUGGAGUCCACAAAGUUGCUCUCUGAGACUGUUAUGCCUCGUUUUGCUGAACAAGUUGAAGUUGCAAUUGAAGCACUGAGUGCAAAUCCCCCACAGGCUUUCGAAGAGAAUGAGUUCAUAGAUGCUUCACGCUUAGUUUACGAUGGAGUACGUGACAUAAGGAAAGCAGUGCUGAUGAUAAGGACUCCGGAAGAACUGGAGGAUGAUUCGGAUUUUGAACAAGAGGACUAUGAUGUGCGUAGCCGGACAAGUGUACAGACUGAGGAUGAUCAGCUUAUUGCAGGACAAAGCGCAAGGGCCAUCAUGGCUCAGCUGCCCCAAGAGGAAAAGGCAAAGAUUGCCGAGCAAGUGGAGAGCUUCCACCAGGAGAAAAACAAGCUGGAUGCUGAGGUGGCAAAGUGGGAUGACAGCGGCAAUGACAUCAUUGUGCUGGCCAAGCAGAUGUGUAUGAUUAUGAUGGAAAUGACCGAUUUCACCAGGGGCAAGGGUCCGUUAAAAAAUACAUCCGACGUAAUCAACGCAGCAAAGAAGAUUGCAGAAGCAGGGUCCAGGAUGGAUAAAUUGGCUCGAGCUGCGGCUGACCAGUGUCCAGAUUCGGCCUGUAAGCAGGACUUGUUGGCCUACCUGCAGCGCAUUGCACUCUACUGUCACCAGCUUAACAUCUGCAGCAAAGUGAAGGCAGAAGUCCAAAACCUGGGAGGAGAGCUGAUUGUAUCUGGGUUGGAUAGUGCAACCUCACUCAUCCAGGCUGCCAAGAAUCUGAUGAAUGCAGUGGUUCUAACUGUGAAGGCCUCCUAUGUGGCUUCCACCAAAUACCAGAAGGUGUACGGCACGGCUGCUGUGAACUCCCCCGUCGUGUCCUGGAAAAUGAAAGCCCCUGAAAAGAAACCACUGGUGAAGAGGGAGAAGCCUGAAGAGUACCAGACAAGGGUGAGGAGGGGAUCCCAGAAGAAGCACAUUUCCCCAGUACAAGCUCUGAGCGAGUUCAAGGCAAUGGACUCCUUCUAAAGCUGCGCAAACCUUGUCAGUAGCCCUUUGAGAUGAUCAACGAUGCUGUAUUAAAUCUUAACAAAGCAAGCUGGAUGAUGUCCCUAAGAUGCAAAAAGAAAUCACUGACUGACUCCUAAAUGAAUUGGGACUGAUUUGAUGUUGGAAUGGGAGUUAGAUUUAAAUUAUAGAUUUAAAAGAUACAUAAACUCCAGCAUUGCUAUAGUUAAAUAAGGGAAUAAAAUGGGAUGGAGCUAAAAUGGCUAAACAGCUUGCUAACCUGAUCUCUGUGUUAAGCUUAUAGGGCUUUAAUAUCAAUGCUUGUAUGUUACAAUAAUGCAAUACUGGACAUUAAAAGCAUAAGGCAGAUGUGUUCCCUUUGUUUGGUGUAGUAUGAAGCACAACAUGUAACUUCAAUGGCCUUUUAUUUAUUUUGUAAUCAUACUAAUAACUGACGGUAUUAGGAUAUUAGGUUUGUGCUUUCAAGGGAAAAUUGAAAUCUUAUUUAUUCUGUGGGCAUUGGUAAUAAUUCUGCAGCCCUGAAGCCUGGUAAUUAAUGUUACUGACAACGAAAGUGACUACUAAUCAGACAUUAACUUUUAACGGUUCUGGAAACCAGCUCAAAAAGCAAACCCGUAGAAUAUAUAGACCUGUCGUGCUGCCGUCAGCAUGACAUUAUGGGAAUUGUUUCACAGGGACAAGAUGCUUGUGAUGCGACUCCUUAAUGUUCUCGAGCGGCCCUGUGCCACUCACUGACAGUGCUGUGAUAGCCAGUAGAUAGUGAGUAAUGUGUUAGAGUGGACAUAACAGUGGAUGUAGAAUUUUGAUUUGCCUGAACUGUAGACUAAUCUGUCUUUGUAUCCUCACAAUAAUUAAUAAACACUUCGUCCAUGCUCA